AUGGAUAAGCUGUGGGCAGAUCGGAGUCAUCGCGGUGGGGCACCUAGGGACGGUCGCGACUACGAUAAUAUGGAGGGGUAUUGGAAUAAUUGGAAUAUGGAGACUGCGACAAAAACCUUAAACAAAGAAAAUUUUAUUCCUCAAAGAGAGACACUGGCUCCUCAAGCGUUGCCACGGAUGGAUGGUCCGUGGGGUUCAAAUGGAAACGCCUGGAGUGUAGCUUUGGGUGCUAUGGGAGGUGCUGGUAUGGUGUUACUUGUUGCAGGCCUCUUAUUCCUGUUUAGAAGACCUAAAAAGCAGGAACCACCACUGCUGGCGCCUAUGGAUGUUGGACAAAAUGAGAUGCUAAUAUCCAAGGAGCAGUGCCGCGUCCAGCCACUGAACGAGAGUCGGACUGCCACCUCGCUGCCGCACGCGAGACUCGCUCGCACUCCAUCCAUUUCAUCUCAGAGCAGCCUCGAUAGCGGAACUUCUAGAGCCACUAGUCAUCGUGGUUCAUCGCCAGCAAUACGGACAUUUGCUCCUGACGGGCGUACGCUAGAAGCAGGUGUUACUGGAGUGCCUCGGUCGCCAUCGCCCUUACGAGCCGCCUCUCUGGACGUCAGAGCGGCGCCUCUCGCCCACGGAUCCCUCGCUUCAUUAGCUGAUUCGCCAGCACCGCCCAGUCCAAGACAUGGACCGCCUAGAUGUCUCUCGCCUCUUUUGAUGCCGCCAAGAAGAAUAGAUCGAAGUAAUUCUUUAGUAGAGAGCAGCAGUGGCGUACCUUUGAGUCCUGGCGCUAGUGCCGCCAUCAGCGCCCUGGGAGCUCUCCAACCGGACCUCUACACCAAACGGGAGGCACCUCUCGUUAUUGAGCUAGAAGGUGCAGGACCUUCGUUAGGAAGGAUCCAUCUACGUUUGAAAUAUGAUUUCGACCGAUCUGACCUUGAAGUCCAUCUGAUUGAAGCUCAUGAUCUAGCCGGUUACGAAGCGGGAGGCUUCAACGACCCGUACGUGAGAGUGAGUUUGUUGCCCGAAGUAGACACUCGUGUACGACAAACCCCCGUUCAUAGAAACCAAGUGAACCCUUUCUUCGACCAGCAUUUCAAGUUCCCUGUAUCCCAUGAUGAACUCAGCGAUAAGACUCUCUUGCUUCAGGUUUUUGAUUAUGACAGAUUUUCACGCAACGAAGUUAUGGGUUCCGCAAAAGUGCCACUCUCUAGAGUAGAAGUAGCUGGUGGUGCGGAAGUAUGGGCAGAGUUGUCCCGAGAGAGACGACCGCCGGAGGAACUACAGGAACUGCUGCUCUCUUUGUCGUACUUGCCUUCAGCUGAACGGCUGACAGUGGUGGUGUUGAAGGCGAGGAACCUUCUUCCGCCGCAAGAAGGAAAAGACGCAUUAGAUGUAUAUGUAAAAGUAUAUUUACUCGUGAACGGAAAACGGGUAAAAAAGAAGAAGACCAACAGGAAGGAAAUCAACAACCCUGUUUGGAACGAGGCGCUCUCUUUCAGUCUGCCCUCGGCUAAUUUACAAGAGGCUUCCAUUGAGGUAUGCGUGGUGACGGGAGGUGGUAGCGGGCUGGUAGUGGGAUGGUGCUGCGUGGGCGCCGCUGAGCCCGCAGCGGAGGGCCGCCACUGGGCGCAGAUGGCGCAAGAAACCCGCAAGGCCGUAGCCAUGUGGCACACCCUUAGAUAGACUAACGUUUAUCAGUGGAGCGGCUUGAGGGCACCCUAUUUUUAAUAUCCUUUAUAUCCAACUACGGUAAACCUAAAAUAAAUUGAUCAAAACUAAAUUAAGUAACUAAGUGGGAAUUGUAUAAUUACGUUUUCAUUGAAUAUAAAGCACAAAAUAAUAGUGAAUAAUUGUUGCCUAAUAUCUACCCCAGUGAGUUUAAUCGUAAGUGUUAGUCAUCAUAUUAGACGUGACCUUAAGACGUUCUAACACACCGAUAAAUAAUAAUAAUAAUAAUAAUUUACUCUUUAUUGUACACAUAAAAAGAAGUUUACAAUUUAUUAAACUAUUCA